UCAAUCGCAAAUAAACCCUCUCUCUCUCAUCACAAAACCACAACAACUGCUCACACUUCUCUCCUCACAUUCUUCUAACUAUACUCUCUAUUGCCUUAACGUCAACUCCUGAAAUAAACAAGGAAACUAAAUUAUGGAAGCACCAGAAUUCUUUCAGGGAAACUAUUGCUCACAAUUUGCACCUGAAAAACACCAUUCUUUUGAUUCUAAAACCACCGCUGGUGACCAUUUCAUUGUUGAGGAACUUUUGGACUUCUCCAACGAAGACGCCGUUGUUACUGACGCUGCUACUUUUGAUAACGUCACUGGAAAUUCUACCGAUUCUUCCACUGUCACUGUCGUUGAUAGCUGCAACUCCUCUUCCUGUGACCCCAGCUUUUCCGCUGAUAUUGCUUGCCGGAAUUACGCUGAUGCUCACUUCUCUAGCGACCUCUGCGUCCCGCCGUUAGACGAUUUAGCUGAGCUCGAAUGGUUGUCGAAUUUCGCGGAGGAAUCAUUCUCCUGUGAGGACCUGCAAAAGCUCCAAUUGAUAUCGGGCUUGAAAGCCCGCCCCGACGAAUCAUCCGAAACCCGCCAAUUCCAACCCGAACCCGACCGAAGCAGCAACAAUAAUAACAAUAUUAUCUCUAGUCCCAGCAACCCCAUUUUCAAUCCAGAAAUGGCGGUCCCAGCCAAGGCCCGUAGCAAGCGGUCUCGGGCGGCCCCAUGCAACUGGGCGUCUCGUCUUCUUGUCCUAAGCCAGAACACUUCGUCCUCGGACACCGACAUCAUUUCCACGGGUCCACCACCACCCCCACCACAACAAACCGCUAAGAAAACAGUUAAAGCAAGUGGGUCGAAGAAAAAAGAGUGCGGAGAUGGUGGCGAUGGUAGCGGAGAAGGUCGGAAGUGCCUGCAUUGUGCGACCGAUAAGACACCGCAGUGGCGGACGGGGCCUAUGGGUCCGAAGACGCUCUGUAAUGCUUGUGGAGUGAGGUACAAGUCGGGGAGAUUAGUGCCCGAGUACCGGCCGGCUGCAAGCCCGACGUUUGUGCUAACAAAGCACUCAAAUUCGCACCGUAAGGUGCUGGAGCUUAGGCGUCAAAAAGAAAUGCAAAGGGCCCAACAGCAGCAACAGCAGCAGUUUAUGCAUCAUCAUCAUCAGAAUAUGAUGUUUGAUAUCUCAAACGGUGAUGAUUACUUGAUCCACCAACAUGUUGGGCCCGAUUUCAGGCAGCUGAUUUGAUCUAGUGGACGCUAGUGUAGGAGAAUUCUGCUGAAGUUAUUUUCUUUUUCUUUUUACCCUUUUUUUAAGGUUAAUUUAGUUGCGAAAUUGGGUAGUGAAUUUCGUGAUAUUUCUAAUUUUCUUCUAGAGGAGUAAUUUUUCCUAACUCUUUUGAA